GAUGACAUCGUUCUCUGGGCCGACAUCGGUUAGAGCGAGACUAGUCGCGUCUUCCCGGCAAACGUAUAUAGGCCGAAAGAUCUGAUAAAGUUUAUCAGAUCUUUCUCUUUCCCUCCCCUUCUCCUCCUCUCUCCUCCCCAUUCUCAUUUUCGGGUUUUAUUUUUCUAUUCAUAUAUUUCGAAAUGAGAUACCAGACUUCAGCCGAGGGGCUCAACUCCCUUAAUGCGAUGGGAUCGUUGUCGCUCUCCGCGCCGCACAGAGUCCUCAUUGUGGGGUGUGCCUAUGCUGGCAUCACGGCCCUGACCACGCUACUAGCAUUGAGAGACGGCAAGGUCAAGGACACAAUGUACCAGAACUACGCCGAGGGACUCAAGGGAACCAAAUCAAAGAACGGUGUCGAGAUCACCGUGAUUGAUUCUCGCGAUGGCUACUUCCACUCCGUCGGUGCUCCCCUUGCCCACGUGACACCAAAGUUCACUUCGAAGAUGUGGAAGCGAUUCUCGCACAUCAACGAGUUCCGAUCACAGAAGGAUCUCACCUUCAAGCACGGAUCCGUCACCAAGAUCGACCCAGAGGCAAAGGUCGCAGAAUGGCAGGAUCGCAGCGGCAAGACCCAACACCAGGGCUAUGACUACGUUAUUGUGUCUACGGGUCUCAAGAGGCACUGGCCGGCCGUUCCAAAGUACGGAAGCUAUCAUGAGUAUAUGAAGGACGGAGCGGAUCUUCACAAGAGGAUCACUGGUGGAAGCGAGGCUUCACAGAAGGGCCGCAAGGUCGUCAUCAUUGGCGCUGGCGCCGUUGGAAUUGAAUUCGCUGGCGAGAUCAAGAACUACUAUCCAGAAAUCGAGGUGACCCUCGUCCACUCCCGCAAAGAAGUCCUAUCCUCAGAGCCACUCCCCUCAGAGGUCAAGGAGAAAGUCAAGGACCUUCUUAUCGAAGAGGGUGUCAAAGUCGUCCUCGGCAACCGCGCCACCAUUACCGACCUCGACGACGGCAUGCAGCAUGUCACUCUCGCCAACGGCGAGACCCUGACCGCCCACCUCGCACUCGACACGACCCGCAAGGGAUCCCCCACCACCGGCUUCAUGCCCGCCGAUUCUCUCGACGAGAACAAGGAGAUGAUGAUCACGACCGAAAUCCACAUGAAGAACGUGAUCCCCAACCACGAGGCUCACUUCGGCGCUGGAGACUGCGUCGCAUGGACUGGCAUCAAGCGUGCCGGUGGAGCCAUGUACAUGGGCGAGGUCGCGAGCGCCAACGUCUACGCUAGCAUCCUUAACUCCGAGAAGGCGGAAGGUGAGGAGAAAUUGAAGCUCGCGACUCUCACUCCGUACGAGAACGUCAUUGGCAUCGCUGUCGGAAAGCAGUGCUUGACGUACGGCAAGGAUGGAAUGAAGUUCGGCGUCCAGCUCAUGCAGGACUACUUCGGUCCUGAUCUCGGCUGGACCGGUAACAUCGCGUACUUGGGUCUGACCGAUCUUGUGGAGAAGGACGUGUUGGAGGGCAAGGAGGUCCAGAUGAGCGAUGUGGGGCUCAAGACUGUUCCUACCGCCGCAUGAGAGAUUUCAUGAUUUUUAUGUUGGGUUGGCGUUGGUGGGUACGUGAUUUGUUGUACAAACCUAUACCAUCAUUCUUUUACGUUGGAUCUCCCGCCUCGAGGUAUACACAUCGCGUAUUACUCAAAUUGCGAUAGAGAGCUUCAUGAUAGUAUCUAAUGAGAACAUAUAAUGAUCUAUGACUCGGGUUUCAG